UUGCGGUGCAAGGGUGUGGACAACAAGCAACGGGUAAAGAGCACACAUAGUGGACAUGAAUGAUGCACCGUGUGCACUCGGCUCCAUUUUUCCUCCCUCGCCGGCCACCACCUACUCUCUCCCCCUCCUCAAAGUCCUAACAAUUCCAAAGGGUUAGUGAGAAACUGUCUUCAACUGCAAGCAAGAAACACACUAGAAAUCUAAGGUCCAUGAUGAUCGUCUAGUGAUCGACCGGUUCCGUUCCGGCGAGUCGGUCGAUAAUGGAGCCUGCCAGAUUCCGGUACGUGCCGGAUCAUGUCGGGGGCGGCGGAGGGUUGGAGGACGACGACGGCGAGGAGAGUGGCGGCGGGUGCUUCUUGGACGUGUACGUGCACGGCGCGCGCGGCAUCCACAACAUCUGCAUCUACGCGGACCAGGACGUGUACGCGCGCUUCUCGCUCACGUCCAGCCCGGGCCACGCGCCGGCGCUCUCCACGCGCGUGGCUGCCAGGGGCGGCGCCAGUCCGCGCUUCGACGAGCGCCUUCCGCCGUUGCGCGUCCGUCGGGGCAGGCUCGGCACCGACGCGCUCAAGUGCGAAGUGUUGAUGCGGAGCUGCGCCGAGAGCGUCCUCGAGGACCAGCUCCUCGGGUUCACGCUCGUGCCGCUCGCCCAAGUCGCGGCCACCGACGGCGCGGAGAUGGAGCGGCGGGAGUUCUCCCUGUCGUCCACGGAUCUCACCCACUCGCCCGCCGGCACGGUGAGCCUGUCCCUCGCCCUCCGCUCCGGCGGAGGCGACCCGUGCAUCGCGGGGCCAUCGGACCGCGCCGCGGCGGAGCCGUCGAUCACGUCGGAGGUGGUCAUCCUCGAGCCCCCAGCGCCGCCGGUGGACUACCUAGGUAUCGAGUUUCCUGACCUCAACACAGCCAAAGAGAACGACGACAUGGCCGUCCAGUACCUGCCGUUCUUGCACCUCGGGGUGGCGCCGUUUGACGCCAUGGAGAUGGUCACGAGCCCACGCGGCGAGAAUUCGAUGCCGGUGUGCUCAGACGGAAGCAAGAACGCCUCGACGACCACCACGACCAGCGACGACAGGGCGAUCGAUGUCUCCUCCUCGGCGGCGACAGAGAAGCCGCAUCGGCACGACGGCGCCCACGAGGCCACCGUGUCGGCACCGAUGUGCAGCGGCGCGCCGGACACGCCAACGUCCAACGGAGGGGCGGCGUCUGGCAAGGAGAAGGUCGGCGUUUUCAAGUCUCCCAUGGCCACGGGCGACGUCAUCGACAUGGAGGCGGAACAGAGCGCGAUGCAGCGGCAGAUCAUGGAGAUGUACGUGAAGAGCAUGCAGCAGUUCACCGAGUCGCUGGGCGCGAUGAAGCUGCCGAUGGAGCUCGAUGGAGACGGCAGCGCCGGGGUGGUCGUCCAGAGGGACGAGAAGAAGCCGGAGGCAGAGGCGAGGAAGGACGGGGCGAGGGUGUUCUACGGAAGCAGAGCAUUCUUCUGAAGAAAAUUACAAACAUUCAGAGAGUGUUCUGAAGACUAGAAUUAUUCAGAGUGUUGUGAAGAGACCUACUACGAUUAUUCAGAGUGAGGAAAAUCUGAUCUCUUCUUGCAAAGGUAUUGAUUGUUCA